UUGCGAAAGCGGCAGGCGGCGGAUCGCGAACCAUGGCCGCGGCCACCACCGGCUCCGGCUCCCCCGGGCCCGGCUCCCCGGCGCCCCCCGACCUGGAGGCGGUGCCGCUGGUGGCGCUGAACUUCGCGGUGCGGCGGCGGCUCGGGCUCUACCUCAACCCGCGCGCCCCGGUGGCCGCCGACUGGACGGCGCUGGCCGAGGAGCUGGGCUACGAGUACCUGGAGAUCAAGCACCUGGAGGCGCAGCCCGACCCCACCGCCCGCCUGCUGGAGGACUGGCAGGGCCGCUGCCCCGGCGGCGCCACCGUGGGCCGCCUGCUGGCGCUGCUGCGGGCCCUGGGCCGCCACGACGUCCUGGCCGACCUGGGCGCCCGCAUCGAGGAGGACUGUAAGAAGUACCUACAGAGGAAAGAGCAGCCUGUUCAGGUGCCAGCAGUAGACAGCAGUGUUCGGAAGACAUUAGAGAUGUCCGGCAUCACUACCAGAGAUGAUCCUUAUGGGAACAUACCAGAGCUGUUUGAUGCCUUCAUCUGUUACUGUCAAAAAGACAUUCACUUUGUCCAAGAGAUGAUCAGAGAGCUGGAGCAAACGGAGUUCAAGCUGAAGCUGUGUGUGUUUGAUCGGGAUGUCCUGCCAGGAUCGUGUGUGUGGUCCAUCACUAGCGAGCUUAUAGAGAGACGGUGUAGGAAGAUGGUGGUGGUUAUUUCAGAUGAUUACCUAGACAGCAAUGAAUGUGAUUUCCAGACCAAAUUUGCUCUUAGCCUUUCCCCAGGUGCUCGCCAGAAACGACUGAUUCCAGUCAAGUGCAGGUCCAUGAAGAACGAGUUUCCAAGCAUCUUGAGGUUCAUUACAGUCUGUGACUACACUAAUCCCUGCACCAAAAAGUGGUUCUGGAUAAGACUGGCAAAAUCUCUCUUGCUUCCAUGAGGCAAAGCUACAUGAGCCAGGUUGCCUUUUGAUCCAGCACAGCUGUGCCUUCAGGAAAAAAAGAAACUCUAACUUCCAGGUGUCGUUUAUACAGUCUUUCAACACGCCAGAACUUUGAUCCUUGCAAUAUUGUGCCUGGGGCCUCCAACAGACACACAGGGGUUACCUGAAGGGGGCGCUUAAUUGCAUUAAAUGGGGAGUUAAUUAGAGUACAGCGGCCACAAUGCACUUCUCCAGGUGGGUAACUUUCAAUGACCAAAGCCACAAACCGUAGAUGUUGUACACAAAUUUUAUGUGGUUUUAAACACCAGUACAUGGCUCCCAUAAUGGUAUCUGGGCAUUGUCAGGAGAAUCGUUUCUCUCUUUAAUCCCUGGUGAAAUCUGAUGGCUGGUUGCUGACCUGUGUGAAAUGAGUUCGGGGGUCUCAGUGUUGUUUCUAGUGGACAAAUGCCAUGAAAAUCAUUGAUACUGGCACCCUGGUUGGUAGAGAGGCCAAGGAUUGAACUACCCUUUUGUUCCCUAGAGGCAACCCCUCCAGAUCCAGGUUGUAGCACGCUGGAAGGGCAGUUUCCAUUGUACCUGCUCUCUAGCUAUAUGGAGGACUUCAAUCUCCAGGACUCUCUUUGUAUUUAAUGAGCAUCAAAUUUACUUAAACAAUGUUUAAGUAUCUAAAAGAAAUUAACCGAUCUCCCAUUAUUUUUAGCAAUAUCUGACUCUUGAGAAAUGACUGAAGUGAGUUUAUUUUCUGUUUAAUAUUUUUUUUCUCAAUUUUGGUCUUUUAAAACAUUUUAGGUCCUAGUCCAACCUGUUCAGAGAGUUAGUUACUCAUGUAACUCCUCUGUGGCUGACAUCCUCUGAAACAGCCUUCUGACCUUGACCAAUGAUUGGUUCUUCGUUAAAAGCAAAAGCCAUAGAGAAACUCAUACUAAAUAAUGAGGGUACUGCUUGUAGCACUUAUGUCUGUCCGUCUGUGCCCAUGUCCCAUUUAGCUAAGUGAUCGCUCUUACAUCAGCACUGGGAAAUCAUAGAUCCUAUAAUGUUUACAACAGAUCAUUCUCACGUUGAUGGCUCAGUCUUGGAUUUGUAUUGCAGGAUUGAACCCUUAACACGCAAGGUGCUGAAUACCUUCAGCUUCCAUUGACUUGAAUGGGAGAAUUGAGCUGAGAACUUUCUAGGAGCAGCUGAGAACUUUCUAGGAGUGUAACGGGUCGGACUCACCCCCGCGGCGCCUCCUACUGGUGAUUCCGGGAAUUAGCUCUAGUCCAGCGCUGGAGCGCCCUCUGCAGGCUGGUGAUCCACCUGUUCUCAGGCCCCCAUGUCCCUC